AUGGCGUUCCAGGAUUUCGACCUGAUUAAGGAACGACGAAAGCAAGAGAGGCAGCAGAAGAUAAGGAGAAGGAUCACAACUGCUAUUGUGUCGAGUGUUGUCGUCCUUCUUGUGGUUGCUGCUGCAAUUGGUGUGGUUUUUUACAAUGAGAAAAGUGCGGAUACUACUCGUGAGGAGCCGAAGAAAGGAGCCCACUCGGCCCCGAAGCCUGUGAUCACAGCAGAAAAGGCUGUUAAAACAGUAUGUGCAGGUACAGAUUACAAGGAAACAUGCGAGGAUAGCCUCUUGAAGACAGUAAAGGGUAAUGCAGCCACUCAACCGAAAACAAUCCUCAAGGCUUCAAUGGUUGUUGUUUCCAAGGGGAUUGAUGAAGUUAUUGGUCAUGCUAACACUAUCAAAUUCGACACGCCCCUGAAAAAGGCUGCAUUUGAUGAUUGUUUAGAGCUACUGAAAGAUGCCAAAGAAGAAUUAAAUAGUUCCAUUUCGACUAUUGAAGACACGAAUUUGGGAAAGAUUUCCUUUAAAACGCCUGAUAUUAAUAAUUGGUUGAGUGCUGUAAUGUCUUACCAACAAACGUGUAUUGAUGGAUUUCCCGAUGGAGAGGAGAAGGCUGCAAUGAAGAAAGUCUUGAAAACUGUUAAGGAACUUGGCAGCAAUGCCUUAGCCAUUGUCUCACAAGUUUCGUCCAUCUUUUCCCAACUUCAAGUACCUAAUCUCAAACGAAAUCUUUUAGCAGAUAACGAUAGAUUCCCAACAUGGAUGAACAAGGAAGACCGGAGAAUUCUUAAAGCAGAUGGCCCGAAGCAGACUCCAAACGUGACUGUGGCGAAAGAUGGUAGUGGAAAUUAUACAACCAUUACUGCAGCGUUAAAAGCACUGCCUCAAAAGUAUAAAGGACGAUACGUUAUUUAUGUCAAAGAAGGUGUUUAUGAUGAGAAUGUUAUAGUUACCAAAAAGAUGGAAAAUAUUACCAUUUAUGGUGAUGGAUCCCAGAAGAGCAUUGUCACUGGCAAGAAAAAUUAUGUUGAUGGGGUACCAACAUUCCAAACUGCAACAUUUGCCGCUGUAGGUGAUGGAUUCAUGGCCCAAUCUAUCGGAUUCAGAAACACGGCUGGUCCAGAAAAGCAUCAAGCAGUGGCUCUUCGCGUGCAGGCUGAUCGCUCAAUUUUUAUUAAUUGUAGAAUGGAGGGGUACCAGGAUACCCUAUAUGCUCAAACUCACAGACAAUUCUAUCGAAGCUGUUACAUUACUGGUACAGUUGAUUUCAUAUUUGGUGAUGCAGCGGCUAUAUUCCAGAAUUGCAUGAUCUAUGUGAGAAAACCAAUGGACAACCAACAAAAUAUUGUGACUGCUCAAGGAAGGGUAGACAAAAGGGAAACCACAGGGAUUGUGCUGCAAAACUGUCGCAUUUUGCCAGAUGAUAAACUCGAGCCUGAAAAGGCCAAAAUCAAGAGUUAUCUUGGCAGGCCGUGGAAGGAAUACUCAAGAACCAUUGUGAUGGAAACGGAGAUUGGUGACUUGAUUCAACCUGCGGGCUGGCUAGAAUGGGAUGGUGAUUUCGCGCUCAAGACACUCUAUUACGCAGAGUAUAACAACAAAGGACCGGGAUCUAGUACUUCUGGCAGAGUCAAGUGGUCAGGUUACAAAGUGAUUAAAAGGGAUGAUGCCUUGAAAUUUACUGUUGCUCCCUUCUUGCAAGGCGAAACUUGGUUGAAGUCUUCCCAAGUUCCUGUGCGCUUCGGGAUGUUCAGCUGA